AUGGCAUUGAGUAUUAAGCAGUUCUUCAACACUGCAGGGAUGCUGAAAGACUUGAGGAGCUUUAAUUUCAGUGUAUACGGGAGGUGGUUCGGCUUCAUUAAUAUCAUUCUGUGUGUUGCGCUGGGUAUUGCCAAUCUGUUCCACGUCAGCGGUGUUAUUGCGUUCGGUAUUGUCAGUAUUGUGCAGGGCCUCAUUAUCCUGUUCAUUGAGAUACCGUUCCUUUUGAAGAUAUGCCCACUGAGUGAUAACUUUAUCGAGUUCAUAUCCAGGUUCGAGACGAAUGGAUACAGAGCGAUGUUCUACCUUGCGAUGGCCGUUAUACAGUACUGCUCAGUCAUAUUGAUGGUCACAAGCUUGCUCGUGGUCGCUAUAUGCCUGACGGUGUCGGCCGUUUUUUAUGCUGUCGCCUUCGUUAAGCAUCAAGAGUUCCAAAAUACUAAUAUUAUUAAGAAUCCCGCUGACGCUGAUUUCCCACACGAGGCUGUCGUUAGGGAAAUGCUGUGA